UUUUUAUCCAAUUCAUGUGAUUAGAAUCAUUUAUUUCUUGAUUAUUUUUGACAUUACAGGAGUAUGAUGGAUGUAUUUUAUUGGACAAAUUAUAGGGGAAAGAUUAUGGGAACAGAAAGACGUGUAGUUUCACUAUGUUUCACAGUAUUUUAAGAAUGAGAGAACAUUGUGUAAGUUUGAAUUGCACACAAUGUACUUACAGGAAUUUCCUAAUUAUGUUAUUUAGAUUUCAUCAUGGUUUAUAUGAACUACUGAAACAGCCCGUCACACCCAGUAACUGCAACCAACCUGUGUUUAUUACAUUCAGUCAACAAGUGACUUAGACACUUGGCAGAAAUGCCUGCCACUGAUACUCGUCUGGAUUUGCAAAGACCACAGAGACCCCCUGCUGGCCUCAGUGAUGGAUGGUGACAGUGAUCAGAUAAAGGAGCAGCUGAGGCUUCAGUUUCAAGCUCUUCAGGAGCAACAAGUGCAGCGCAUCCAGAGAAGACUGGAGAUGAAGAAGACCGACUCCAACGCUCUGGACAAUAUAAACCUCACAGAAGAGGACGAUGACAUGAUGGACCUGUUCAACACAAGAGUGACGCAGAAUGAAAACGAGCAACUGAAUGAUCAUGUGAGGGAGCUGAGAGAUGAGAACGGCAGACUUCAUAAACUUCUGAGUGAGAAAGACUUCGAGAUAAAACACCUGAAGAAGAAGAGAGAGGAGGAAAGACUGGCUUUAGCAGGUAUUGCUGGUCUGGCAGGAGAUGCAGCAGCAACCAAAAUUGUGGAACUGUCAAAAAAGACUCGAGAAUUAGCCGCUGAAAUAGAACGAGAGAAGACCAAAACUAAACAAGCAAACAAUCGAGUCAAAGAACUGGAGAAAGAGCUUCAGGCCACACUGUUACUUAAUCCUGGCAAGAAGACAACCAAAAAACAGGAUUCAAGGACUGAGAACGACCAUCUUGAGAACAGUCCCGUAGUAAAAUCCCUGCAGGAGAAACUAUCUACAGCCCAACUCAAAAUGACUGAAUACCGCAACCAGAUCCAGACCUUCAAACAAGAGUUCAAAAUAGCACACAAGGUGUUGAGCUGUGAGGUGGGCGAGGACGUCAAUAUUCAGCAGUUACUGUGUAACCCGGGAGGCUGGAGAGGACGUUCUCAGCAGAUCCUCGCCCUUCAGAAUAGAGUGCGUGACCUGGAACAGCAGCUGAGCCAGUCCUCUCACAGGAAGCAGUUAUGUGACCUCGGCCUGGAGGAGGAGAUCCCAGGAACAGGAGCCCUACUGAAGACCCAAGACAGAAACCUCAGCCACAUCCGUCACAUAGAGAGGGAGAGGAAGGACACACUGGAGAAGCUCACAGUGGAUUAUGAAGUUCUGCUUGAAGAGCACUCAGACAUGAAGAAGAAACUGGAGGCCUCUAAAUCCAGGAACAAAGUGUUGAGCACAGAAGUCAAAUCCCUGAAGAGCCAGAUCAGCACUCUGCUGGAUAAAGGCAAACACGACAAUGAGCUGGUCGAUGCCUUACUGAAGCAGCAGUCCAAGUGGCAGGCCAUGCUCGGGCAUCUGAGUCAGAACGGCUCCCAGCGUGAGGAGGCUCAGCAGGGGCUGGAGAGACACCUGCACAGCCAGGCCCAGCAGCACGCCUCGCUCAUCCAGCAGCUCAGAGCCAUGGUGUCAGAGAAGGAGAACAAGGUCAAAGAGCUGGAGCAGGAGAUCCAGCAGCUCGCCCUCAUGCAGAGUAAGAGUCAAACGAACACCAGGCCCUCGAAGUCACGACAUGAGAACAGCAGGGAGUCAAACUCUGCCAGAGAUGCACAGGCAGCCUGUCCCGAGUGUGCUGUUAAAAUCCCAGCGCUCCAGGCUCAGUGUGCGGAGUACAAGGCUCUUUAUCAAGCUGCCAGUGUGGAGAGAGACAGACUGCUGGAGCUGAGCAAAGUACAGCAAACCAGUGAGGAGGAGGCGAAGCGCCAGUGUGCAGAAGCGGAGCAGAAACUCCGACAGGAACGGCAGCGGUCAGUCUUACUGGAGCAGCAGCUGGAGAAAACCAAACUGGACUUAAGGAAAGAAGCGAGUCUGCAAACAUCUAAUAGGAGUAGAACAGGAAGCUCAGGCAGCACUCUGAGUCUCCCUGACAAACAGGAGGGUUCGUCUCCCAGAAGCCCCUCUGAUGUCACCCGUGAUGCUCAACUUGGUGAACUCAAAGCACGUUUGGCACUGCAACUAGAAGAAAAUGAAUCCUUAAGAACCGCUCUGAAGAACGCCUUGAAGGAAAAGAAAGAAGGCAUGCAGUUCUACAAGGACAUGCUGGCCCAAGCAAAGCAGGAGUUCCAGCAGGCGCACAGAAAGCAGGAGCAGGGGACUUAGACUGGACCGAUGAAGGGUCUCUGCUAGCAAACACAGAUCCCUGAGGAACAACACCAGCACUGAGGGGACGCUCGCUCUGUGUGGUGCCAUGCUUGCUGUUGACAACACACACACACACACACGCACACACACACAUGCACAUACAAAACAGACGACUUGUUCCAUGAGUUGGAUCAGCAUUGUGAAGACAUGAGAUAUGAAUGAGAUAUAAUACAUGCUUCACUCUUUGCUGGAGGAACCGUUGUGGAAAGAAUAGCAUAAUAAUGAGAUCCUGUUUGUUUAUGAACGGUAGGAACAUUUGAAGAAAUGAUCAAGGUAAACCAAGUUUUUUCUCUUUUUGGCUCUCUAAAGUGGAAACAAACUUCCCAGCCUUCUUUUCUGACGCACAUUGCUCAUUAAUAUUUGAUUUGUGUGUCGUGGUGUGAAACCAAAAAUGAAAAGCAAGACCAAAAUAAGCUCGGCAGAAGGUGCACCGUGCCCUGCUCAAGCGAUACGUGUGAUGACUUGACCCCUCGUGUCUCUCCUCUUGUGUACAUUCAGCGUAUCAGCCGGGCGCAUUCAUGCUGCCAUACAUGAGUUAUUCUCUUUCCUAUGUGGCCGGAGGGGGUUCGACGCUGCUCCACCACGCUUAAUUUAAACCUGUGGCUGAAGCAGUGUGCUCCUCUUGAAACAGCGCACUAUUUCAUCUUCCCAGAAGCCUGAGGGACACUGGCAAGCCCCAGGCUGUUACGAGUACAAGCACCACAAGACCAAAAUAUCAUCCAGGAUUGGAAAUGAAGCCUUAUUUACAGUCAAGAAAUAAAAAGAACUUGUGUUUGAAAUACGAUUGUAGAUAACAGAUGUUCAACAAGCAAAGGUUCAUUUGACACAGCUUAAUGGCAGUGGUAAAGGCUGCCGUGGUGCUUUAAAGGGGCAGUUCACCAAAAAAUGAACAUUCUGUCAUAAUUCACCUUGUUAAAAAGAAGUAAAGUAUACUUUAAAGAGUGUACUUAAUAUGAUAAUAAUAUAUUUUAAAAUAAUAUACUUGAGUGCAAGCUGAAUGUAGGGUUUUCAGUUUAUUUCCAUGCUAUUUGUGGUCAAAUUAAAAUAUAUUAUAGUUUACAUUUAUAUUUAUUUUAGUUAGUUGAAAUUAAGAGUGUUUUUGACCUUCGUAAGUAGGAUGUUAUAUUUAUCUUUAUAUGUAAUUGCAUAAUCGUCUUAGAAAUAUGGUUAAUUGUAAUGUCAGAUGUACUGACAAACUAAAAUAUAUUUAAUGUAAUUUCUAAUGAAACUUGUAUAUCUUGUGUUUUUAAAUAUAUUUAUAAUUUCACAUUUGUAAUGAUUAAGUACAUUUCAAAUAUAAAAUAUAUAAAUGUAAAAUAUAAUGUAAGUUAUUAACUUAAAAUGUAAUUUCGAUGUAAUAUUGAACAACACACUACAGUUAAAGUUAUGCUUUAAUAUGUUUUUUUGCUUUAGUGUGUUAGUCAGCACAUCAAAAUACAGGUCUACUUCUUUAAAGCCAGCAAACCAAUAUUAAAAUGAUUUAAAACAUAAUUACAACCUGUAAUGUUACUUUAUUACAAAAGUGCACUUGUGUAAUUUAUGAAAGUACAUUAAAAUAAUAAUAAUGAUGAUAAUAAUAAUAAUAAUAAUUUUAAGUACACAAUAAGUGCAGAUCAGAUACAAUUUAGCAAAUUUUCACAAGGGCAACUUACUGUACCCUUUCCAGCUUUGUAAAAGUAAUCCAAAUGAAUUCAUGUCUUCUGAAGAGACAUAAUCCCUUUAUAUGAUGAAUGGAUUUAAUUUAUAGGCUUUAAUUCAUUUAUUGAUUAAUUUAACAUUGAUCAACACAUACAUAGAGCUCAUCAGAAAAAGCUCAGACGUGCUUGACUGACACAAGCUGAUGUGAUCUUGUUUUUGAUUUGUGAAAGUUCUGGUUGCAUGCACUUUGAACAGAUAAACAUAAAUGUUGAGAGAAUAUUACAAAUAUCUUACUUUGUGUUCUGAAGAUGAACGAAGUCUCAUGGGUUUGAGAGUGAAUAAACGCUGACAGUUAAACUAUCCCUUUUAAUAUUGCAAGAGAUUGCAAUGCUGACAUUUGUUUCUCGAGGGACCACUCAGUUGUCAGCAAAUGUAUGUUGGCAUGCUGCCCACAAUGUUAGCGGCGCUGCCAAUAUUCAUUAUUAAAGCUGGUAGAAAUACAGCAGUAUCAGCCAGAGCUUUGACAUGUCUGAAGACCUGAAGUCCACUGCAACUGUAACACCUCCACGAUCAGCAGUUUCUGCAUCGGGAAAAGCCUUUGUGGUGAUGCCACAAGAAUGUCUCCAAACAGUAACAUUCAUACAGGCCUGUAUGCUUUUGCAUUUAUAAUUACAAUGUUAUAUGUUAUGCUAUAACAAACUAUUGGUGUUUUCAUGUUUUUCUGUAUCCUGGAAUGGGGAAUACAACUUAACAUCGGAAAUCCAAGAAAGCAUUUAUCUUUGACUCAGUGCUUCAAGAUAUAUCAGGCCUGUAAUGUAGCGUCAUGCUACUCUUUAUAUGCAUGGCUCAAAAAAUUACAAUAAAAAAGCCUUGUUUUCUGUACAAGACUGAAAACUGGGAGGAUGAUCUGAUCAUCACAUUCAAGCAGACAGACUAUUGCCAUGUAGAAAACCAUGUAUUUGUUUGCCAACAGAGUUUAGUUUUAUCAGAUGGAGCCCUUUCCAUGAAAUUAAUGUAUUAUAUUUUAGUUUGGUUGCUUUUUUAUUAUUAUUUGAUAUUUUCUAUUUUUAGGGGAUUUCAUUGUAUUAAAUUAUAUUUAUUAAAGAGUUAUGAUCCAUUUAUUACAUUUUUGAGCCUAGACCUGAAAUGAAAUCUAAAAUUUCCAACUUGAACAGUUGUAAAUUAUCUUGUAAAUUCAAUUCAAAGUAAAUUUUUAAUAAGUCACAUAACAU